UUUUAAUCAGCUCAGUUCAGCUCAGUGUCGCCUCAACCUCCGCUGCUCAACACACCCUGGACAACAACCUCUGAGGAAAUAAGCAAAGAAACCCUUCCUUUUUCCCUUAAAGACAGAGGACAGCUCUCUAAAUAAAGGAUUACUCUUCAAAAACAAAACCUUUUCCUUCAACUUCUGUAAAGAGAAGAGGAAGAGGAUGGAUCUGAGCGGCAUCGUGUCUCUGCUGGCACUCCUCUCCCUGAAUAAGAUGUUGGUGGGCGCCACAUCGGAGGGAGACAAGAACGAGCACCGGACUCACCAGAACGUUCGCCAGCUGAUUUCAAGAGCUCAGUUCCAGUGUUUUCAGAGUAUUACACAAAAAUCUUAUCAUCCAAUAAAAUCUGCAGGGCCAAUGUGUAACACGACAUGGGAUGGAUGGCUCUGCUGGGAACAAACUGAACCCGGAGUGAAAAGACAGAAUUGUCCGGACUACUUCCAUGAUUUUGAUACGCAAGCCAUGGCAGAAAAAGUCUGCACAAACACAGGGGAGUGGGGACGACACCCAGAGAGCAACAGAACGUGGACAGACUUCAAUAGCUGCCAGUUUAAUAAUACCGACCGGACGCCUGCAACAAUGACCCACUUCUACUUGACCAUGAUUGGCCAUGGCCUAUCACUCAUUUCACUCCUCAUUUCAUUAGGAAUAUUCUUCUAUUUUAAAACUUUGAGCUGCGAGAGAAUAACUCUUCACAAAAAUCUCUUCCUUUCUUUCGUCCUAAACUCGGUGAUAACUGUGACGUGGCUAUGUGAAGUAAGGAAGGACUCGCUUAGUAAUCAGGGAGUCUGUAAGCUUCUGGCUUUCAUCCAUUUAUAUAUAAUGGGCUGUAACUACUUCUGGAUGCUCUGUGAGGGCAUCUACCUACACACUCUGAUUGUUGUGGCUGUGUUUGCAGAAAAACAGCAUCUUUUGUGGUAUUAUCUUCUAGGAUGGGGUUUUCCACUUGUGCCAGCUGUUAUAUAUUCAAUUGCCCGCUUUUGCUACUACAAUGACAGAUGCUGGGGCAGCUCGGAUACGUCCUUGCUGUAUAUUAUUCAUGCCCCCUUCUGCACUGCUUUAGUGGUGAAUUUCUUUUUCCUUCUGAACAUAAUUCGGGUUAUCAUCACCAAACUGCGAGUGACCCAUCAGGCUGAAUCAAGCCUCUACAUGAGGGCUGUGAGGGCCACUCUCAUCCUCAUCCCCCUACUGGGCAUCCAGUACGUCCUCCUUGGGUACAAACCUCUGGAUCCCUGGAUUAUUGAGAUCUAUCUAUACAUCAUGAACAUCGCCAUGCAUUACCAGGGACUCCUGGUUUCUACUAUAUUCUGCUUCUUCAAUGGGGAGGUUCAGACUGUUCUCCGGAGACAGUGGAAUCUACUGCGGAUGCAAUCUGCAGGCACUUUUGCCAACCGCUCAGCCUAUUAUGUGGCGUCGUCACUCACUGAAGUCCACCGCUGCUACAGCAUCGAAAGCCACACAGACCACAUAAAUGGCAAAAGUUGCUCGGACAUAUUCAGAUCGGAAAGCCCAUAUGUUUAAAGAAACUCUCCGAAGGAAGGAGGUUUCUUUGACUUCUGGACCGGUUAAGGUUGACAUUUUCAGAACUGUCUGGAAGACUGAACUGUCAGACAUGAGGAACACAGAAAAUGACAUCACCAGAAGGAAUCUACUCAUUUCUUCAUCAUGUGAAAACCACGAGAAACAGCAUCGUCAAAGUCAACCAUGCUCUGGCUUACUUCAUCAAAGUGAUGCACAGCAGCAAUCCACAAAUUCGUAUGACUUCACAAGCACAUGGUGUACAGGAAGUUGUGAUGAAAUGAACACUAUCAGGUUGUUUUAAGAUCAAAGUAGUGAAAUGAUUAUAAAGGGAAGGGAAAUAAAGUAAAGUGUUUGGAAUAUCUAUUUUACAUAUUUUAUCAGACUUGAUCAAAUUGUAUUAGAGAUUGCAAAUUUGCAAAUAAGGGUGCAUGAAUCAGCAACAUCAGGGCAAAAACAGUGAUUAUGUGUAACUAAUAUAAGUGAACUGUCCUAAAAUAGGAACAUUUUUCAAACAAUGAAGAGAUUAAAUUGUGUUAAAAUAUGUUUCCUCAUGUUAAUCUUUCUGUUUUCUGUAUUAAUAGUUGUGUUUUUCAUUGCAUGUACAAAGAUGAACUGAAGCUGUAGUUCAGCUAAAUUCUGUUUAGGUACAAGCACAAGCUUUAUCGCAUUGGGUUAGGCUCACUGUUUGCAUUUUAUCCAUUUGAUCUACUAUAUUUUGUUUCCAUUUGGAUCUAAAAUGCUGGAUAAAUGACCGGAGCGGGAGGUGAGUAUAUAUGUAAACAUGCAUGCCGUAUAUUGAAGCCUGUAGUAUGUAUUUGUACAGUGUAUUGAAACACAUUCUUGCAGAUAAUGCUGUUUUUGUGAAUAAUAUAGAGACGGAUCCCACUAGUA